AUGAAUAUCAGCGUAUCUAUAGGUGGAGGGCGCCCAGGAGGAAAUCGCACCAGCCUCGCCAAACAGCUUCUACAGGAGAGGAAAGGUGACAGCUCCUUUGAGUUCAGAAGUAAAGGCACGAGUGCUCUGGGUCGGCACCACCGAACAAAACUUCAAGAUGGUGCUCUUGACUUUGACGACUGGGAUGUUGGUACCAGUAGGAAUAGGAGAAAUGUAGGAAGCUUUUUCGAGUAUUUGGAUGACAGCGCCAAGUCAAAAAGCGAGGACAGUAGAAAGCAUGUAUCUGAGGUGGAUUACUCUAGCCGUAGCUCAAAAAACAAAAGUGGACUGAGAGAGUUUGAUGUGGAUACAGACGACAUGUUUGCAUCCAAAACGAAAUCAUUUUUAAAUCGCUCUGGCAAGAAACAUUUUGAUGAUGAUGACGAUGAUGAUCUAAGGGGCAGGGGCAGCAAGUUGCAUAGAUUAAGAAGCCGUGAAAACGCAGCAUAUGAAGAUGAAAUUGAUAGCAAAAACAAAAACUUAUCGGAAAGAAAAAGGGGCGAUUUAGCUGAAAGAAAUGAAGGUGGUGGCAUUGUCUCCUCAUCAAAAAGUGAAAAGAAAACAGUAAAGAAGUCUUCAAAAUCUGAAAAUGUACAGCGCACUAUAACUAAGGAUGGGAAAACGACCACUACGAAGGAGGAGUCACAUGAUAGCAAUGAAGUCAAGGAGGAACGAAGUGAUGUGAAACAGUUUCGAGAGCCUGGCAGUAAGGCGUUGGCAGUUGGCGGUAGUGCUGAAGAAAAAUCAACCAGCAUUGUGAAGAGGGAAGAGAAGAAAGAGGGCAAGAAGCUAACAGAGGAAGAAUCAAAAGGUAAAGAUGGCAGAACCCUUUCCAAACUAAGCAAAUUGGAUACCACAAAGGAUUUGAACCAAGAGGAGAAAAAAUUGGAACUCAGCACAACUAAGUCUUUUGAUGCUCAAACUGGGGACAGUGCAACCAAAACUAAGAAAGCAGAAACCACAACCAGCAAAAUUGCAGAAGGCAAAAAGAGUGAGACAACAAAAAUGGAGCGUGGAGCAGACGGGGAGAUUAUAAAGACCAAAGGUGCUGAAGUGACUGGAAAUGUGAAAGAAAAGAAGCACAAAGUAACGGAUGUUGAUGUGGAAGAGAAAGAUGCCUCUGGGAAAGUGGCAGCUCGAAGAAAAGCACACCUGGAGGCAGAAGUAGGUCAAGAGUUUGGCGGGACAAAAAGCAAGGAAGAGAAGAACAGAUAUGCCAUCGACGAAGCUGGUCGUUCCAUCAAAACCACAGAAACCAAAGAAGGCAAAUCAAAGACGAGAAAAGAGCAUGACAAGAUGCAGAUGCAACUCAACGAAGAAAUAGAAACAGAGGACGGAACUCUGAAACUGGAAACCAAGGAAGGAUCCCAGGGAGGGAAAGAAACCACCAGAGGCUAUUCCAAAUCCAAUAUUAAAAGCACGCCAGUCAGUGAGGCCAUAGAUUCCGUGAAAAGAACCGUCUUCUCUCCAAAUGUGGGUGCAGGAGAUGCACAAGACGCCAUAGAGGCAGGUUCACCUGCGAGACGUGUUCGUCAGCGUGCUCGUCCUGCACCGCUUACUAAAGCCAAUGUGGAAGCAGCCAAUGGGGAUGUGAAGGGUGCUAAAACACCAACAACACCCAGUGCUACAUCAGACUAUGGUACGAUGGAUUCUUCAAUGGCAGAAAGCAUGAGAUCCAGAGAUAAAAAGUGA